AUGAGCAACCACGGGGGCAGCAGCAGCCUCGACGCUCUCGGUGGCGUCGAGACAGCGGCUGCAGAGACGACAAGAAACAUCGUGCUCGGCCUCCCGAAGGACGGUCCAGUUCCUGGUAGUAGUGAUGCGGCGUCUCUGCAGGCCGCAGAAGCGUUCAUCGGAUCGAUACAACAGGAAAUAAUGGCGUGUGAUAUGGCAAAUGCUCGCGCCAUGGAACUCUAUGCCCGCCACUGGUGGACGAAAGUGCCAUACUUCGGAAAACGGUUUGGGUCCACUACAGCAACCUUGGAGGUUACGGGGGCAGAUGGAGGAGGGGUUAGUGGCUUGCCUGCGUGUACCGGGACAUCGGACGGCCAGCACAAACAUAUGCGGUUGGAGCGUUCCUCAGAGGUGGCGGCGGUUCCGGGCACUUCGAGGGGCCAGCAGCAGCGACUUAACAGUUGGUUCUUUAAGCUUCGUCACCCCGGUUGGGUUCCGAUCAUACAACGGCCGUGGGUGCCGUACUUCUGCAUUGGUUGCUUGAUGCUCGUUUGGACACCUGAUAUUUGGAAGUUGCGAACGCUGCACUGGUGCGACUAUCAAUAUGCGGAGUUUCGUCGUGCCGUUCAUAGGGCGUAUUGGCGUGCAACGAUGAGUGCCGAAGAUUAUAAGGAGCUGAUGGAAGAACUUGAGCGCGGGCGGCCACCACCAUUUGGGGUCUCAAAGUGUCCCUUGUGA